AUGCGCGUCGAAACUCUCUUGAUCGGGUCUCUUGCGGCCACGGCCCUCGGAGCAGCUGUGGGAAGCUCUAGCUGCAAGUGCUUCCCCGGCGACAAGUGCUGGCCCUCUGACAAUGAGUGGAAGAGCCUCAACUCUUCUGUGAAUGGCCGGCUCAUCAAGACUGUGCCCCUGGGAUCGCCCUGCCACGAUCCCACUUACGAUGGAGAGGAGUGUCAGUACCUGCAGAGCCAGUGGCAGUCACCCGGAAUCCACAUGGACUCCUCCUCGUCCAUCAUGGCCCCAUGGUUCGCCAACCAAUCAUGCGAUCCCUUUCAGCCUCAGUCCAGUCCCUGCACUCUUGGCAACUACGUUCGUUACGCUGUCGAUGUCCGAACCACAAGUGACAUCGUCAACACCAUCAACUUUGCUCGUAACAACAACAUUCGCCUCGUUAUUCGCAACACUGGACAUGACUACAAUGGCCGCUCGACCGGUGCUGGUGCCCUCUCCAUCUGGACUCAUCAUCUGAAGGACAUCACAUUCAAGGAUUACAAUGCGAACGGUUACAAGGGCAAGGCUGUCACCAUCGGUGCUGGCGUCCAGGGCUUUGACAUCCUCUCUGCUGGCCACAAAGCCGGAUAUGUUGUCGUUGGAGGCGAGUGCCCUACAGUCGGCCUUGCUGGUGGAUAUACUCAGGGCGGUGGCCACUCUGCUCUCAGCUCGAGCUUCGGUCUCUCGGCUCAGAACACGCUCGAAUACCAAGUCGUCACUGCUGACUCUGGACUUGUCACUGCUUCACGAGAGCAGAACUCGGAUCUCUUCUGGGCUCUGAACGGUGGUGGUGGCGGCAACUGGGGCGUCGUCGUCUCCAUGACCGUCAAGGCCUUCCCCGAUACCAAGAUCGGUGGUGGAACCCUGGGCUUCUUCACUACCAACAACGAUCAGGCAACCUUUUACGAGGGUAUUGAGGCUUUCCACUCUAAGCUCCCAGCCAUGGUCGAUGCUGGUUCUAUGGUUGUCUACUACUUCACCAACACCUUCUUCCAGAUUGCCCCCUUGACAGCCUACAACAAGACCAAGGAGGAGGUUCAGGCCAUCAUGAAGCCAUUUGUUCUGGCGCUGAACGAUCUCGGAAUCAACUACACCGUGGGUUACGACCAAGUCGAUUCUUACUAUGACCACUACGACAAGUACUUUGGUCCCCUGCCUGUUGGCAACAUUCAAGUCGGUAUUGCCCAGUACGGUGGCCGCCUCAUUCCUCGCGACACUAUUGUGAACAACAACGCUGCCCUUAUGGAGACUGCCAAGAGCAUCGUUGAGCAGGGCGUCACCUGGAUCGGCGUUGGUACCAACGUUGCCCCCUUCAGCAAUCCUAACACUCAGGCCGUCCUCCCUGCUUGGAAGAACACUCUGGUGCACGCCACUCUGACCACUCCCUGGAGCUUUACUGCUCCUUGGUCUGACAUGCUCAGCCUGCAGAACCUCAUGACGGAAAAGAUCAUGCCUGAGAUCGAAGCCGUCACACCAGGCAGUGGUGCUUACAUGAACGAGGCCGACUUCCGUCAGCCCAGAUUCCAACAAGAGUUCUUUGGAAGCAACUAUGCCAAGUUGCUCUCUAUCAAGAACAAGUGGGACAAGAACGGAUUCUUCUACGCUCUGAAUGCGGUUGGCAGUGAGCAGUGGUCUGUUGCUUCUGAUGGAAAGAUGUGCAAGGCCAAGUAA